AUGGACCAUCAAUACAGGCAGAGACCUCCUUCAGCCCGUCCAAGUACAGCAGCACAACGACGGCCAAAAACGGCUGGAAGAAAUUCUGAAAGACCUCCCUCUUCGGCUUCUUCUUUUGGUCCAGUUCCCCCUUCAAGACAAAUGGCUAUAGCCCCAUCAACAACUGUUGCACGUCCACAAAGCAGAAUUGGAAUGGUUGCAAAUGCUAUUGUCUCAGCUGCUCCUCCAAGAGGUUAUAGUAGAGCAGGCUCAAGAGUUGGAACUGCAGCAGGUGUUGGUGUACCUGGAACUGCUCUUGGUAAUCGUCCAUUAAAUCGUUCUACUACAGCUAUGGGUCCACGUCCAGGAACAAUGUCUCGUCAAAUGAUUGCCCAUCAAUUACCUCUUGGAACUGCUGCUGCCCAGCAACGUCCGAUAACUCAACAAGGAGUUAGUGGGGCUAGAGCUGCUGCUAUAGCUUCUAGAAUGGGAAGUAGAAUGGGAAGUUUAGCUGAGGAACAAGCACAGGAAUUAAAACAAUUACAAGGACUUUUGGCUGAUUAUAAUUUGGUGAUUGACCGUCAAAAUACUCAUUCAGAUACAAAUUUGCGUUCUUUAGAAGCAGAGGCUGACCAAACCGCUUUAGCUAACCAAAAAUUAAUGGCUGAAGUUGAAGAACUUUUUCGUGAACGUCGAUUACGUGAAGAACAACUUCAAGAAUUAGAACAGCGAACAGAGAGAUUAAGGACAGAAAAUAAUGAAAGGAUGAGAGUGCUUGUAAAUAAUUUGGAAUUAAACGAACUAAAUAAAAUUUUUAAGGAGAUUGAAGUAAAAGAAGAAUUUAAUCAAGUAAAUACAGAAGUAGAAAGUUUACGUAAUGAAAUGGAAAGAAAAAAGGCCGAGUUGGUAGAAUUAACAAAAACUAAAGAAGAAAUGGAUAUGGCAUUGGCUAAUUCGCCUCUUAAACGUCAAACAAUGUUGAUGGAGGAACAAUUACAAGAAAUGAAAGAAAAACGUGCCCAAAUAGUUGCCGAACUUCAAUCAGAACAAACACCAGAAGAACAAAGAGAUAAUUUUAUUCAAAAAAUACAAAAAGAUAAUAAAGAAAUUGGGCAUAUGCAAGAACAAUUACAAGAAAUUAAUGAAAGAAUGGCACAAGCACAAGAAGAACUUCAAGAAUUCCAAAAUGAAUUUGAAUUAUUGGCAGGUGAUAAAAGUGAAAAAUUUAGAGAGUUGAAAACUAGAGGAACACAAAUGGAUAAUUUUUUGGACAAUUUUGACGAAUCUAAGAGACAAAUUGAGGGAAGGAUAUCCGCUCUUGCAAAGCAAAUUGUUCGACAAUUACAAUUAAUUUCGUUAAAUUGCCGUCAUGGAGAAAUAGUUACGAAUGUUACAGGCUUGGAUGAAUCUUUGUUAGCAUUGGGUAGUUCUGCUGUUAGUGCUGAUGAAUUACAAGAUUUGCAUGUCCGUCUCCAAGAAGAGUUAAUAACUCUUAAACAGAACGAAGCACUUUUAUGUUCAGAAUUAUCCUCUAUGAAGACAAAACAGACAGAAAUAAAUGAAAAUAUUGAUAAAAUGUCUAAUAUAGAAGAAAAGAAAAAAGAAUUUAGAUCUAAAUCGAGAGAACUUCAAGCAAAAAGGGAUUCUCUAAAAGAAGAAUUGAGUCGAUUGGAGGCAGAAAAUGAGAGACUUGAAGCACAAAUUAAAGCAGAAGAGAGUAGAUUUGGGGGUGGAGGAUAUGAAAUGAAUAGAUUGCGCGAAUUAAAAAGUCGUGUGGAUCAAAUAGAAAAAGAAAGGAAAUUGCUUGAUGAAAAAUUAACUGAAUUACGUACUAAACUAGAUUAUGGACCAUCAAAACAACGGGCAUUGGAACUGCGAGCAGAAUAUAACGAAUUAUUAAUUAAUGCUGUGCUUGGCCGUAAAAGUGUUGGUGUAACACGCUAA